CUGGAAAUACCAAGGGGUGGUGCUUUUUUAAAACCCCUGUUUUAGGGGAGGGGGUGUGGCUGGCAAGGAUGAGACGCUCCAUUCCUCUGCUCUGUCUCUGGAGCGCUUGCUACUGCUUGGCCGCGGGGAGCCCGGCAGCCCUCGGUGCAGAGGAACAGCUGGAAGGUGGGCUCCGCACAGCCAAGGAUGGACCGGCUGCAGCCAAAGCCGCCGUGCGGUUUCACUUCCGCACCUCCAAGGGCCCGGAACGUGAAGGAUGCUACCUCUCCGUCGGCCACAGCCAGCCCUUGGAAGACUGCAGCUUCAACAUGACAGCCAAAACCUUCUUCAUCAUUCACGGGUGGACGAUGAGUGGCAUGCUUGAAAACUGGUUGCACAAACUCGUGUCAGCUCUGCAGAUGAGAGAGAAAGACGCCAACGUGGUGGUGGUUGACUGGCUCCCCCUGGCACACCAGCUGUACACAGAUGCUGUCAACAGCACCCGGGUGGUCGGUCUCAGCGUAGCAAAGAUGCUCGACUGGCUGCAGGGCAAAGACGGCUUCUCUCUUGGGAACGUCCACUUGAUCGGCUACAGCCUUGGCGCGCACGUGGCUGGGUUUGCGGGCAACUUCGUGAAAGGCACCGUGGGCAGAAUCACAGGUUUGGACCCUGCUGGGCCCAUGUUUGAAGGGGUGGACAUCCACAGGCGGCUGUCCCCGGACGACGCAGACUUCGUGGACGUCCUCCACACCUACACGCGUUCCUUUGGCAUCAGUAUCGGCAUCCAGAUGCCCGUGGGCCACAUUGACAUCUACCCCAACGGCGGUGACUUCCAGCCGGGCUGCGGGCUCAACGAUGUCCUGGGAUCCAUCGCCUAUGGCACGAUCGCGGAGGUGGUGAAGUGCGAGCAUGAGCGGGCCGUGCAUCUCUUUGUGGACUCCCUGGUGAACCAGGACAAGCCGAGCUUUGCCUUCCAGUGCACAGACUCCAACCGCUUCAAAAAAGGGAUCUGUCUCAGCUGCCGGAAGAACCGCUGUAACGGCAUCGGCUACAAUGCUAAGAAGACGAGGAAUAAGAGGAACACCAAAAUGUACCUUAAAACCCGGGCAGGCAUGCCUUUCAGAGUUUACCAUUACCAGAUGAAAAUCCACUUCUUCAGCUACAAGAGCGUGGGAGCAAUCGAGCCCACCUUUUACGUCACCCUUUAUGGCACUAACGCCGAGUCGCAGGUCCUGUCUCUGGAGAUAGUGGAGCAGAUCGGGCUAAACGCCACCAACACCUUCCUGGUCUACACCGAGGAGGAUUUGGGUGACCUCUUGAAGAUCAAACUCACCUGGGAGGGGACAUCUCGGUCCUGGUAUGACCUGUGGAGGGAAUUCCGCAGCUACCUGUCUCAGCCCCACAGGCCCGAGCGGGAGCUCAGUAUCAGGCGCAUCCGGGUCAAGUCCGGGGAGACACAGCGGAGACUGACGUUUUGCGUGGAAGACCCCGAGAAGACCAGCAUAGCCCCUGGCCAGGAGCUCUGGUUUUACAAGUGUCGAGACGGCUGGAGAAUGAAAAACGAAACCAGUCCUACUGUGGAGCUGUCCUGAGGGUGCUGGGGACGCCUUGCCAGCGAGCACCCCCUAUCCCGCCGUCCACGCACAGGGAGAAAAGUUACUGCUGAGGACCUACCCGAUGGAAGGACCCCUCUCGGCCCUGACCUCGGAGCACCAGGAGGAACCUGCUGGCCUGGCCCAGGCCCUGGUCCCCAUGACAGCUGCGACUUCCUGCCUGAGGGGACUGCACUGCUGCAGCUCCUGGGGCUGCCCUUGACCAACUCUAACUCCAACCCUCCCCCCGAGCCUCCAGGAGCACGGAGUCCGGAUGUGUGUGUGUGUGUGUGUGUGUGUGUGUGUAAAUGGUGCACCUGUGCACGCUGGACCGGUUUCCUGGGGGCUGGGUGAGCCUAGGCUUUGCCUCACCAUGGGUGCUGGCUCCAAAGGGGCUCUGUGGGCCAGGCCGUCAGCUGCUUGUCUGUCCACUGCGAGUCGACUCAUGUCAGGGUGGCAGUUCACCUGGAGAGAGGAUGGUGGACCUGGGCUGGAGCCCAGGCCCUUGCUGCACCAAUCAGUGCUGGUCAUCACAUCUGUCCUGCCCUCCGGCUCGCACUCUGUCUUGCUUUGUUAUUUUUCCCUUGUUUGUUUUUUGAUUGAACAGUUGUUUACGCAGUGCUUAAGAUGAAUUAUCGUGUGCCAUAGAUUCUGCAGAUGCUGUCUCGUAAUUUGUUACUUAAUGGGGGCGGGGUUCCAGAACUUACAUGGUGCCUGAGUCCACACACAUGUGAUGAAGGCCACCACCUAAGAGUUGGGGUCCUCAGGCUGUUCGAGGUUUCCACCAUUUUUCUUAGUUAUGUGUGCCAUUGUCCCCGAGAGAGACACGUUUGAACAACAGCAGAACAUCAGGCAGAGUGUUAUAUGUGUGGGGCCAAUGGCUGGACACGGCAGUUGCUGGGGAGUGACAUAGCCUCUGUUUAGGGAGACAGAAGGUGUUACACGUGUUGCACACAUCUGUUUAUACCUGCCAGACAGCUGGCUCAAAGACGUACUGCAGUGUUUUUUCCACCUUGAAACAUCUUGCUUGCAUACCAGUGCCUUUUCUGCAUUGAGCUUCUUGAAAAAACCUCCACGUUUAGCUUCUGGUGUGACUGGAACAUGACAUUUGAGAAGCCCUUUUAUAUUUUUCAAAAGGUCUGCAUGAGCAUUGCUGACUUAGAGUGAGGGGAGCUGGGCAGCUCUUAUUAACCCAGCUUCACAAAGCGGAGGCUUGGUCAAGUGUGUCCAUAUGCUGAGCAUUACAGAGUAGACGGUGGAACCAGGCGAGUUCCCAGGGUUCCUGGAGUCGAAGCUCCCAGCUCUGAAACCUUAGGAAAACGUCCACAGCCAUUUGCCACCUGCAUGCCCAGGUGUGACAAACUAGGACUUUUUUUUCAGAGCCUUCCACACAAUGCCCAACCAAGCCUUUCAUUAACGUGUAACCAGGAGGACACCUGUGCCCAACGGUUGGGCUUCUUAGGAGUGAAACUGCCUUGGGAGGAGGUGUGAUGUCAGGUGUGGGAGGGAGAGCGGCUUUCUUUGUACUUGGGUGUUUCAAGGACCUUGUUGUAACCUGUGCUGUGCCAAAGUGCUAUCACUGUUUAAUGCCAAACUUACAAAGAUGUCCCCAAUUGAGUUGUAGUACAAGGUGUGUUCCCAGUCCCUCUGGGCGCCUCUUCCACUUCCAUGACUGCUUUCUCGUCCGUGGGAAGCCUGUGUUGUGGGCCAUGCCUCCUGGUUGCUUCUGUGUUUAGUGAUAGAAGCUUUGGGAAGUGAAUCCUCAGUGGGUUGUGUAU